CAGUCCCUACAGGCUGCCGAGGUAGCUCAUGUUCCUAUGGAAGGUGUUACAUUCACCCCCAAAUUGUUUUGGGUAUCUCUACUACUAUGGGCUUUAGGUGGAAGGUCCACAGAGGAUACUUCAAAGCCUUUACUGUCCUUGAAUCCUCCAUGGAACAGAAUUUUCAGGGGAGAGAAUGUGACACUUCAUUGUGGGGGUUCCAAUGCCUCACAUAGCAGCCAGAUCCAUUGGAUCCACAAUGGUUCCAACAUUCCAGUUCAAACUCCCAGCUAUAGCAUCACUUUUGCCACCAUCAACAACAGUGGAGAAUAUAGGUGCCGGUCUCAGGAUUCUGCCCUCAGUGACCCUGUGUCCCUAGAAGUCUACAGUGACUGGCUGCUUCUCCAAGCUUCACCUCCAGUCUUGCAAGAGGGAGAACCCCUACUUCUGCGUUGCCAUGGUUGGAAGAACCGAGCUGUCUACAAGGUGACUUUCUACCAUAAUAACAAAGCCCUCAAAUACUGGUAUGAGAACCACAACAUAUCUAUUCCUUAUGCUACAGUCCACAACAGAGGCUCCUACCACUGCACUGGCAUCCUAUGGAGGAUAAAUUACACCUCAGAGGCUCUAUAUCUUGAUUUCCCUGCUGAAAAAGGUGCUCUCAGCCAUAUAAAAUUCCUACUCCCUCUGACGAUAGGAAUUCUAUUUGUUGUGGACACAGCCCUGUUGGUUUUGACACAGAAGCAACUCAAUUUCCUCAUUGAAAAGGAGAGGAUCUUGGCAUCCAAACAUCCUGCAAAGGCUGAUACUGAGGCUGAGUCUAAGGCUAAGUCUGAUGAUGAAACUGCUCUUGAUCCUGAACCUCAGCCUCAGCCUGAACCUGAAGGUGAACCCGAAUAUGAACCUGAUCCAGAUCCUGAUACUAACCCUGACCUGAUGCCACUCUAAUUAAUAUCUGAUGUCACAGCAUAAGCCAUAGAACUUCUAGAUGACAGAACAGACAUGCUGCUCCA